CUGAGAUCGGUCUGUAGUCAGUCAUUCCUGGUUGUUCCUGUUGUUCGUUGAAGUUUCGAAGUGAUUACACUUUUUACUUAGUAAAAUAGGAGUGCACGUAUAAGUUUUCAUCUAAGUUGCUUUUAUACAAAGAAAAAUGAAGGGAGCUAAAGCUCUACUAUUACUGGGCUUGAUAGCCUUUGCUUCUGCAAAAGAAGAAAAGCAGAAACAGGAUAUUGGCACUGUCAUUGGAAUUGAUUUGGGCACAACAUAUUCUUGUGUUGGAGUUUACAAAAAUGGAAGAGCAGAAAUUAUAGCUAACGAUCAAGGAAACAGAAUUACUCCUUCGUAUGUUGCAUUUACCGCAGAUGGCGAACGUUUAAUUGGAGAUGCUGCAAAGAAUCAGUUGACUACAAAUCCGGAAAACACUGUCUUUGAUGCCAAACGAUUAAUUGGUAGAGAAUGGACAGACACCACUGUACAAAAUGACAUUAAGUUCUUCCCGUUUAAAGUAAUUGAAAAGAAUAGCAAGCCGCAUAUAAGAGUGUUAGUCAAUAACGAAGAGAAAAUAUUUACACCCGAAGAAAUAUCUGCCAUGGUUCUUGGUAAAAUGAAGGAAACUGCCGAGGCAUAUUUAGGCAAAAAAGUAACUCACGCUGUUGUUACUGUACCAGCCUACUUCAACGAUGCGCAAAGACAAGCUACCAAAGAUGCAGGCACUAUUUCUGGACUUGUUGUCAUGAGAAUCAUUAAUGAACCUACGGCCGCAGCAAUUGCUUAUGGUUUGGACAAAAAGGAUGGAGAAAAGAACGUUUUGGUAUUCGAUUUGGGCGGUGGUACUUUCGAUGUAAGCUUACUUACCAUUGAUAACGGAGUAUUCGAAGUUGUGGCGACAAACGGCAACACUCACUUGGGUGGUGAAGACUUCGAUCAACGUGUAAUGGACCACUUCAUCAAACUGUACAAAAAGAAGAAGGGCAAGGAUAUACGCAAAGACAGUAGGGCAUUACAAAAGUUGCGUCGCGAAGUUGAAAAAGCGAAGAGGGCACUUAGUGUCAGUCACCAAGUGAGGAUUGAAAUCGAAUCGUUCUUUGAAGGCGAAGACUUCUCUGAAACUUUAACGCGCGCGAAAUUUGAAGAAUUGAACAUGGAUCUCUUCCGUAGUACCUUGAAACCAGUACAAAAAGUUUUAGAGGAUUCCGACAUGAAUAAGAAGGAUGUCGAUGAAAUUGUACUUGUCGGAGGAUCUACCAGAAUCCCCAAAGUUCAACAAUUAGUUAAGGAAUUCUUCGGUGGCAAAGAACCGUCUCGAGGUAUUAAUCCCGAUGAAGCUGUUGCAUAUGGCGCUGCCGUUCAGGCUGGUGUACUUUCUGGAGAACAAGAUACGGACGCUAUUGUGCUUCUGGAUGUAAAUCCACUUACAAUGGGUAUUGAAACUGUUGGAGGUGUGAUGACCAAACUCAUUCCCAGAAAUACCGUAAUUCCAACCAAAAAAUCGCAAAUCUUCUCCACCGCGUCAGAUAACCAACAUACGGUUACUAUUCAAGUAUACGAGGGUGAACGUCCAAUGACAAAAGAUAACCAUCUUCUUGGCAAAUUCGAUCUUACUGGCAUUCCACCAGCACCCCGAGGAAUCCCGCAGAUCGAGGUCACGUUCGAAAUUGAUGCUAACGGUAUUCUUCAGGUGUCCGCCGAAGACAAAGGCACUGGCAAUCGCGAGAAGAUCGUCAUUACCAAUGAUCAGAACAGACUCUCUCCCGACGAUAUUGAAAGGAUGAUCAAGGACGCUGAAAAAUUCGCGGACGACGACAAGAAGCUAAAGGAACGCGUGGAAGCGCGUAACGAACUCGAGUCGUAUGCUUAUUCACUGAAGAAUCAAUUGGACGACAAAGAGAAACUGGGCUCGAAGGUCAGUGAUUCCGACAAGACCAAAAUGGAGGAAGCCAUCGAAGAGAAAAUUAAAUGGCUCGAGGAUAAUCUAGACGCCGAUCCAGAAGAAUACAAGAAGCAAAAGAAAGAGCUUACCGAUAUUGUUCAGCCUAUUAUUGCCAAAUUGUAUCAGGGCGCAGGUGGCGGUGUUCCGCCGACCGGCGGCGAAGACGAAGAUCUGAAGGACGAACUUUAACUAUAAUUGAUCAUUGCAUGUAUUAUUCGUCCUAAUUUAGACUGAAUUUCACAGUCUCUCAUGCAAAUGCUGCAGAGAUUAACCGCGUCGUUGAUAAUGUCGAGUAUAAAAAAAAAGACUGAUCGACGAACGUUCGUUAUUCAUUAAUUUACAUGGCGGUGAUGAUCACUCUGUGUAUUGCUCUGUAAUGUAUUUUGUCACAUAACGUGUAACGGUCAUUUCGAUCUUCUCCGUAAGAGUAAAGAAAAAACAGGAAGUAUAAACUUAAGGGGAAAGAAACAUACUCUUAGGAAUAACUUCUCUAAUUUCCAGAUAAGACUCCACGCGUUAAUUUAUUUUACUUAAUUGUUUUAUAUAUUUUAUUACAUAUAUAUAAUCGAAAUGAACACAAAUUGUGUAACUCGCGUUAUAGAAUUGCAGCGUGCGUGUGAAUUAGAAUGAUUGUUUGUGCAAAUGGGUAAUGAUUUGCGUCUAUUUACUGCCUGUAGGAAAACUAUAUCGUACUGUGUACAGUAUAGAUGUUCUGUAUGAGUGAAUGUCAUAUGUAUCAGUAUCAUCAAAAUAAACAUUUUUUCAGUAAAUCAUAAA